CCAGAAUUAUAGAUAUAAUAUCUUGCGAGGCGGACAUUGCAUUAUAACCGAGACACAUACAACGUCUCGCUAUACCCUUUCCCCAUGGGAGGGCCAAAACACUGAAAUUGCCGUCAGCGUUACUAUUGAUGCCUUAAGUCAAUUUAGGUUAACAGACAGAGGUGCAUGAAGCAGGAUCUUACGACGGGGUUUGGGAGGGGAUUUGGAUUUGGCGAUACCCACCAGACUCGGAAAAGUAUACCAUUACAUGCACUUGUUCGGCUAUAAGCAUAUCUGAUUUGUUCGAGCAUUUCACAAUACUCUCUAUUGAGGUCGUUGGCUGGCAUACCCCGCAACUGUCUAUUGGCAUGCAGUCAGCAGCCCCACAACCCUGACUCCGAAUUUCGGGAAUGCCUUUCAUGUUACUCCUUCCGAUGAAGUAGUCAUUGAUCAGUCAAUGUGGUGGUGCCGGUCUCAUGGCUUCCGAUUCUACUGGCUAUGUCCAUGGCUAUCAGCCCUCAGUCCUCCGCUCACACUCCUGGCGCAAUGCUUCCAACUCAGCAGCCUAUCUCCUUCCCCAUAUAACUCCCUCAAUGCAUAUACUGGAUGUUGGAUGCGGGCCGGGAACCAUAACCAUGGACCUGGCCAACUACGUGCCAAAAGGUAAAGUAGUUGGACUGGAGCCUGCAUCUGGUCAUGAAGUUCUUCAGCAGGCUGCUUCUUCUGCAAAAGAGAGGGGUAUCCGGAAUGUAGUAUUCAAAAUUGGUGAUGCCCAUGCGCUGCCAUUUGACGAUAACUCAUUCGACAUAACCCAUGCUCACCAAGUCCUGCAGCAUGUGAGAGAUCCAGUCCUUGCUCUACAAGAGAUGGCCCGUGUCACGAAGCCGCAUGGAUACGUCGCUGUGCGCUCAACAGACUUCCGUGGUUUUGCCUGGUUCCCUGAAUCAGAAGGAAUGACGGAAUGGCUCAAACUAUAUCUACGCGUCAUGCAUAACAACGGUGGCACACCAGACUCUGGUCGGCGCUUGCACAUUUGGGCGCGGCAAGCUGGCUUUCCCCAAGGUCAGCAGAUGGUGCAAAGCGUCGGCACUUGGUGUUUCACGACGAAGGCUGAGGUUGAAUGGUGGUCCUCGCUGUGGGCAGAGAGGUUACUGGAAAGUAACUUUCGGGAGUCUGCACUCAAGAAUGGAAUUGCAACAGAAAGUGAGCUACAGGCGGCCUCUCAGGCAUGGAAGAUCUGGGGAGCUUCCGGGGAUGCUUGGUUUCUGGCAUGGCACGGGGAGCUUUUGUGUCGUUUAUAAAGCACGGGAACAGUACAAUUGAACGUUAACAUAGUCUGCUUGACGGAGAACCCAUAGAAUCUACUGCUAUU